AUGAAUAUUAUUAUUUGUCCAGACACAUUGUCAUUAGAAAAAUUCAACUUAAAAGUGUUAGAAUGGGUGAAUUUAAAUGAUUUUGAAAUGGAGCUUGUAGAUUUUCAGUCGAGUACCAUAUGGAAAGAAAAAUUCGUUAUACUAAGAAAUGAAUUAGAAGAAAUUCAGCGUGAUAGGGCGAUAGGCAAAUUAAUCGGAAACAUAGGGGACAAGAUUUUGAAAGUGUGGAAUGAAAUUCCAAAAGAUUAUUCCACUUUAAAAAUAGUAGUAUUAGCUAUUUUUUCUAUUUUUUCUUCAACUUAUUCAUGCGAGUCACUAUUUUCAGAAAUUAAUUUUAUAAAACCUGAUUUAAGAAACGAACUAACUAAUGAAUGCAGUGUCGCAUGUACUUUAUUAAAAGUGACUAAUUAUAAACCAAAUAUCAAUGAAUUGGCAUCAAGUGUUCAACAACAAAAAUCACAUCAAAAUAAAUAA